GGCGCCUCCCGCAGCCCGCCGGCGGCUGCUGCCUAUUUUAGUCACAGCGGCGGCGGGGGGCCGCGGCGGGACGCGGGGCCGGGCGGGGGCUGCCGGCACCGGGAGUCGCGAGGAGCGGGGAUCCGUGCCGUCCAUUCGUCCGGGAAACUUUGCCGAGGGCGCCCAGCAGGGGGCACGGGGACAGGAUUCUUCAAGAUGGACACUACAGCAAUCAGCCCACUCACUCCACUAGGCAUUAUUCCAGACUUAAAAAAUGCCACUUCUGUGCCUUUCAAUGAGACUGCCUGUGAAAACUGGAAGGAGAUCCAUCAUCUUGUUUUCCACGUGGCAAAUAUUUGUUUUGCAGCUGGCCUGGUUAUUCCGACGACUCUGAACCUUCAUAUGAUUUUUCUGCGAGGUUUGCUCUCCAUAGGAUGUGCAUUGUUCAUCAUUUGGGCUACACUCUACCGUUGUGCCUUGGACAUAAUGAUCUGGAAUUCUGUGUUUUUGGUGGUCAAUCUUUUACACUUCAUAUACCUAGUGUAUAAAAGAAGACCGAUCAAGAUAGAGAAGGAGCUCAGCAGCCUGUACAAGAGAAUGUUUGAACCACUCCAUGUGCCUCCAGAACUAUUCCAGAGAUUAACCGGGCAAUUCUGCAACAUUCAGACUUUGAAGGCAGGUCAAGCUUAUGCUGCAGAGGAUAAAACAUCAGUUGAUGACAGGCUAAGCAUCCUGCUGAAGGGGAAAAUGAAGGUUUCUUAUCGAGGGCAUUUUCUGCAUAAUAUUUACCCCUGUGCCUUUAUAGAUUCACCUGAAUUUCGAUCAACUCAGAUGAACCGGGGUGAAAAAUUCCAGGUCACCAUUAUUGCAGAUGAUAAUUGUAAGUUCCUUUGCUGGUCCAGGGAAAGACUGACAUACUUUCUGGAAACUGAGCCAUUUCUUUAUGAGAUCUUUAAGUAUCUUAUUGGCAAAGAUAUUACAAAUAAACUCUAUUCAUUGAAUGACCCAACCUUAAAUGACAAGGCCUCAAAAAAGAUUGAUCGGCAACCAAGUCUUUGCUCGCAGCUCUCUGUGAUGCAGAUGAGGAACAGUAUGGCCAGUACCAGUGACAGUGAGGAUGGCUUGCAGAUGUUUCUUCGUGGGACUUCCUCUUCAUCUUCUCUUCGAAAUAACCAGCACGAGUUCUGUAAUGCUUACGGAGUGAGUCGUUUGCAGCAUGAUGCUUUCUGUUGAUAACAUCACAUUAAUUCAGCAAGCGUCCUCCAAAAGGCCCAGGCCGGACAUCACCCUACCUGAGAACUUCAGCAAAGAUGAAGCCAAUAGAAGAAAGUGUUGAAGAUGAUGUCUUUGAAGCACCGUCAGCUGAAAAGCUGGAGCUGCAGCGGCUGCCUUGAACGAAUCUGUCAUCUCGUGUGUAAGAGCUUGUACAAAGCUUCAGGGCAAGAGGAAGGAAUCUGGAAGCUAAGAACAUCUUUCUGUCUUGAAUUUACCACACCAUAUGUCAGUGGCUCCUAGACAGAAAUGUCAUGCUUUUACUUCUAAAUAAAGAAAUAAACAUACCUGUGUGGGU